GGGUUUUAUCAGCGUGGGAAGAUUGUAUAGUGCAACCUAAUGCCUUUUAGAGUCCCUCUGUUAUUGUAACUCUUUAGCUGCAGGGUUACUUGUACAUAGUUAGUUUGGCUGUAGUGGUGCAUGCAUUGCAGCCUACAUAGCUACUCCCAAGACGAGCAGGUCUUUUCUGCUGGUCUUGUGUCUAGUGACAGUGUGUAAUGUACAGCCUGGACAGUCUCAAUCUGAUGUUGCUAGGAUUGCAGCAGCUGUGUUCGAAACUCUGAGUCCCCUAUUGAAUGAGUUGAAGGAAUACAUUAGCUGUGUGAAGAGUGAAAUAGCCAAUCUCAGUGAGACAGUCAAUCAUCUAGUUGAGGAACUGGAAUACCACAAGAAUGAAACUGCAUCUGAAUUAGCUGAUCUGGGAUCCUCUCUCCAGUUCAUCAUUGAUAAUCCACCAAUUGAGGCAGUGCGUAGUGCCGUAUUGAGGGCUCUACUGAAACAACAUGGAAGAGAAUAUCAAGAGAGAGAUUGGGCAGUUGGUUAAGGAGAGAUCUUCUGCUAUCAAUGAGACACUGAGGCAGCAGCUUGGCUUGGUGAACAGCUCCAUGAGAGACGAUCUCUACUGUGUCAAGACUGAGUUAAGCCGUGUCAAUGAAAUCAUCAGUGAUCUAAGUGGACACCUACAGACACACAGCCAGCAGAUCACAUCUGCAGUGGCUCAACUUGACACUAGACUAAGUGAUCUGAAUGAAUCAAUGAGAGAUGAUCUCAACUGUGUCAAGACUGAGUUAAGCCGUGUCAAUGAAAUCAUCAGUGAUCUUAGUGGACACCUACAAACACACAGCCAGCAGACUACAUCUGCAGUGACUAAACUUGACACCAGACUGAGUUCUCUGAAUGAAUCAAUGAGAGAUGAUUUCGAUGAUGUCAAG